AAUUUCGCGUUACCAAGCUUCGUGUGCGCGCAAGCGAGAGUGAGAGUGACACAGGCCGUCGUCGUCCCCUUACACUUCUUGCUUGCUCCGUGGCUUGCUGCUUGUGUUGUCUUGCUCCAGCCACGCACCCACGCACGCCAGCAGCACCUUCUUCUUCUUCCGCUUCGACUUGCAGACAAACCAGCAGAGGUCACUUCUUCAGCCAGCCACACCACAUGUCUGGAUCUGGCCGUGGCACAGCGCGGAGGCGGCACGUUGCCUCUCGCCAGCCUUUGGAACCAAUCCCCAGUGCCCACACGCCCGCAGAUGAUCCAUCCAACUAUGACUUGAUGCCCAUCGCAAGCAUGAACCAGUCUUUGUUCUCGUCAACAAAGAGUCUCUUCAAGAUCCUCAAGCCCCUCGACUCCUCUGGCCCGUUGCCCGGCCUCUCCGCGACUGGCAAGAGCUCUGCGGACCUGUGGCCCCAUCCAGACACUCAAGUGAAACUCGAGGACCUUCCGGACCUUGCUGCCGCCUGCCGUGUUGUGGAUGAGUUCACGGCUGCGCGCAACACCGUGCAGCAGCUGACCGGCAGCGACGUCCAGGCUGAUAUCGACGCCGUCAAGCAAGCGCAACAUCUCCUCGCAUCCAAGCCCACCCUCUCCUUUCCCUGCAUGAUGGCCCUUGCUCUUCUGGACAGCCCAGCCAAGCGCCUUACCGUCAGCGAAAUCUACAAGUGGAUCAAGGCCAUGUUUCCCUACUUUGCCAGCUUAGAGGCGGGGUCUGGCUGGAAAAACUCUGUUCGACACAACCUCAGUUUGAAUUCGCACUUCAAGCGUGUGUCCCGGGAAUCAAACGGAACAGAGAAACCGGCGUCUGUCGGCAAAGGGUCAUACUGGUCCCUCAAGUCCAUGUCGCUCCCGCAUAUGGAGGAUCAAAUGGCCGCCAUCACAUCAUCAUCCGACUGCGCCCGUCGCUAUCUGGAUGGCAUCCAGCACGCCAAGCGUGUCGUCGACACCUUUGCACAGACCAAACCGAUCCUCUCCCCAUCAAAACUCAACGCAACAGACACACCGCGGCGACGAAGACGACAAUCAAAGUCAAAGACAGCACGCGCCCGUGACAUGCGCGAACUGGAUGCCAUUGCACACACACUGCUGUCCCUCAAGUCUGCAAACGCCAAAGGAUUCAGAUCAAAGCCGCUUCCCUCCAUCAAGCGGACGGGGUCUCCGCCAUCGCCCACGGCCGGUGCCGGCAUGGACGCGUCCACGCGCACGUCGAGCGCCGUCAUUGCGGGCUGUUACGAUCCACAGGCCCGCCUCUCCACCGCCAGCUCGUCCCGCCAAGACGAGACGGAGUUUGUUGUGCUGCAGUCGGCGAACAGCACAACGACGGCGAUUCGCCGGUCCCGCGGCGCCAGCGGCCGCUCGGCACACAGCGCCGCCAUGGACUCGCGAACGGACGAAGGCCAGGCGCCACCGAUGUUUACGUUCACAUCGCCAAUGUCUAUGCCAGCACACCAGUCUGCAUCCGCCAACGGCGCAAAGCAGAGCACAUCGCGGCGAGCGGGCGACCUUGUUGCGCGCAUGGACACGGCCACCGACGACGAAAUCAACGCAACCGCUGCCCUGCUCUCGCUCGCCGGCGUCACUGAUGUCAAUCUCUUUGAGUCCAAGUCUUAGCUGUAACCUCGAUUGUGUGUUGUGAUCACGCCCUUACUUGCUUGUUAGUUUGAUCCUCUUGUACUCUUUCCUCCCUUCUCGUCCAUGUCUGUGCGUCUGUGCGUCUGUGC